GGGAGUGUUUGGUAUUGCGAGUGCCCCCAGCAUAUAAAGGAACUGAGAGUGAGAAGAAAGCACGCGGAAAGAAGAAGGGACGUUUAUCAGGGCUGUUUUGCAAGUUCAUGCUCUUGCAUUGAAAUCUGAAAAUAUUCCUCACUUUCAUUCAUUUGGACUUUUGACUAACGUACAUACUAAAGGGGACAGCUCACACUGAUAGGGGGAACGAGGACACGCAUAAGAAAAAAGAAAAAAAGCCAAGAUGGCCCUUGUUGAGGAAACUUCAGUGAAGGUGGCGUUGGAAACUGAAGCAUCACCUGAGGUGCCUCAGGGUAAGACUGACUACCCCUUCACGGCCAGCAACAGUAUCUACACCGCCAUUUUGAGCAGAAACGAGGCCGUCAAAGAUGCCAAACGCCUGAAGAACUUCUUGGAGUUGCGAGACAAAUACGUACAAAAGAAGGUCCUGUUUGAAGACCCUCUGUUCCCAGCCAAUGAUUCUUCUCUUUGGUACAGUAGCAAAUUUCCAAUUGACUUUGAGUGGAAGCGCCCAACGGAAAUCUGUGACAACCCCCAGUUCAUCAUAGACGGAGCCAGUAGGACAGACAUCUGUCAAGGAGAGCUGGGUGACUGCUGGCUGCUUGCUGCUAUUGCCUGUCUGACACUGAAUGACAAGCUGCUGUACAGAGUUAUCCCACCAGACCAGAGUUUCACAGAGAACUACGCUGGUAUCUUCCAUUUCCAGUUCUGGCGUUAUGGCGAAUGGGUGGACGUUGUGGUGGAUGACCGUAUCCCCACCUCCAAUAACCACCUGGUGUUUACCAAGUCUUUCAGGAAGAACGAGUUCUGGAGCGCUCUGCUGGAGAAGGCUUAUGCCAAGUUGCACGGUUCCUACGAGGCCCUGAAAGGUGGCAACACCCUGGAGGCCAUGGAGGACUUCACUGGGGGUGUGACAGAGUUCUUUGAGAUCUCAGAGGCUCCAAAAGAACUCUACAGGAUCAUGAAGAAAGCCCUGGAGAGAGGCUCUCUGAUGGGCUGUUCCAUAGACGACCUGCUGCCAAGUCACUGUGAGACUGAAACUGCAAAUGGACUGGUCAGGGGCCACGCCUACUCUAUCACUGCGCUAGAGGAGUGUGACAAGCUUAAGGUUACCAAGGAUACCAAGAUUCGCCUAGUUCAAAUGCGGAACCCCUGGGGGAUGGUGCUAUGGAAAGGGCCAUGGAAUGCAAAGUCCAAAGAAUGGUCCACCAUCUCCAGCUCAGACAAGGCCAGGCUGAAGAAGAAGACGGUUGAGACGAGCGAGACUUGGAUAUCCUUUGAGGACUUCAAAAAGAACUUCACCAAGCUGGAGAUCUGUAACCUGACCCCUGACGCACUGCUAGACGACAAGUCCCAUAGGUGGACUGUGGCGGUCAACGAGGGCCGCUGGGUACGAGGCAGCUCCGCCGGAGGCUGCAGGAACUUCCCAGACACGUUCUGGACCAACCCGCAGUACCGCAUGCGUCUGUACGAGGAGGACGACGACCCCGACGACCCCGAGCAUGUGGCAUGCACCGUCAUGGUGGCCCUGAUGCAGAAGGGCCGGAGGAAAGACCGCAACAAGGGUGCCAAGCUCUACACCAUCGGGUUCUCCAUCUACGAGGUGCCCAAAGAGAUGGUUGGGAGCCAGCAGCACCUGCAGAAAGACUUCUUCCUUUACAAUGCCUCCAAGGCCAAAUGCAAGUCCUACAUCAACCUGCGUGAGGUGAGCGAGCGAUUCUGCCUGCCCCCUGGGGAGUACGUGAUCAUCCCUUCGACCUUUGAACCCCACGAGGAGGGAGAGUUCAUCCUCAGAGUCUUCUCCGAGAAGAACAGCACCUCAGAGGAAACCGAAAACACAAUUAGGUCAGACCAAAUAGAGCAAGGCAAAAACAGGACAAAGAAAGGAAAGCCCAUCGUGUUUGUAUCAGACAGAGCGAAGGCCAACAAGGAGAUUGAGCAAGAUGACAUCGAGGUUGAGAAGGAGCAGAAAGAGAAAGUCAAGCCAAAACCACAGCAACCGGAUGAGGAGAGCGGAGAACACAAAAUGUUCAGGGCCAUUUACCAGCAGAUUGCUGGGGAGGACAUGCAGAUCUGUGCCAACGAGCUCAAGGUGGUCAUGAAAAGGGUACUGGAAAAACAUAAUGACAUGAAGACGGACGGCUUGAGCUUAGAGAGUUGCCGGAGCAUGAUCGCUUUGAUGGACACGGACGGCACAGGAAAACUGAACCUGCAGGAGUUCAAACACCUGUGGAGUAAGAUCAAAGCGUGGCAGCUGAUCUUCAAGAAGUAUGACAAGGACAAAUCCAGCACCAUCAGCAGCUUUGAGAUGAGGAACGCAGUCAAUGACGCAGGGUUCCGUCUAAACAACCAGCUGUAUGACAUCAUCACCAUGCGCUACGCUGACGAGCACCUCAACAUCGACUUUGACAGCUUCAUCUGCUGCUUCGUCAGGCUAGAGGGCAUGUUCAGGACGUUCCAUGCCUUUGACAGAGACGGAGACGGUAUAAUCAAGCUCAACGUCCUCGAGUGGCUCCAGUUGACCAUGUAUGCUUAGAUCACCCAGCCAUCAGAUGCAUUCUGCUCUCGUCUACCCACAGCCAUGCUUCUACCAACAUCGCCUUCCUCUACCUCAGCCAAUUCCCCAUGUUCUCUCUCUGACAAGACGACAUUGCCAUUACUCUCAUUAUAGCAUAGAAUACAAAUUAAAUGCAAUGGUGAUCUUUUCUGCAGUCAUUCUGCAGAGACGAUAUAUCUCACAACGCUGAGAGAAGUGUGAUGUCUCAAGAAACUACAUUUAAUACGAUAUAGCAGUCUUUUAAGACGCACAGCUUGGCUGGAGAAAAAGACCACCUGGAAUGUGAACUUUGACUGGUGAGAGGUAGCACCUUGGCAGCACCAGCACUGAGGGACUUGAAUGGGGAACCCUUGCUCCAGUACAUUUGGCUAGUGCUUUAACCACAAGCCUUCAAGUGUUAUUGCCUGUCCUUAAAGGGGAAGGUUUUAGAACGCCAGCUCACUGUAACUGUAAAUAACAUGUUUAGUAUUAGUGUAUUGAAUACAUAUCGUUGCUUAGCUUUACUUCCUUAAGUGUUUCCAUUCCCAUUUGUCAUUGGUGGAAACUACAUUACAAAAUCAAUGUGUUUCUGUAAGUCUCUGUGAUAAUAUAAUGUGGAUACUCAGGUCUCGAGAGACAGUGAUGAUGCCGUUGGACUGGAUUGUUGGAUUGUUUCAGAAGCAUUUUUUAUUUAAAUUAAUUAAAAUCAAACUUGUACGAAUGUGUUCCAGUAUGGGAUAAGCGUUGUCGAGUCGUCAACGCUAAACCAAAUCUCUGGAUGUGAGCCCAGGUUGAAUUGUGUAAUGAAUAUUUUUGGAUUCCAAACAAAUAAAUAUGAUGUAAAUUAA